AUGGAAAUCAUCAAACUUUUGGCUUUCCAGGCUGCUGCACAGGCUGUCCAAAGUACUCUACUGCUAUAUGAGUUUGUAACUGGUCAGAAAGUCAACUUUCAGAAGUCUUCCAUCACCUUUAGCUCAUGUGUAGAUGAGGAUACUAGGGCCUCUAUUUUCUCUGUCUUGGGGCUUGAUAGGGUCCAGUCAUAUGAUCGAUACUUAGGCCUCCCUUUGAUGGUUGUAAGAAGCCAUUGUCAAACUUUUGCUUCAAUCAGAGACUCUUUUUGGAAAGGAGUCCAAGCUUGGAGGAGGGCUCUUUUCUCACUGGGGGCGAGAGGUUAUGGUGAAAGCUGUUUUGCAGGCGAUUCUAUGUUAUGUGAUGAGUAUCUUCCGCAUUCCCUUUCUUUGUGCAGAGAGAUUGAGUUUAUUAUUAUGAGAUUCUGGUGGGGAUCGACUUCUGGUGAGAGGAAGAUUCGCUGGGUUAGGUGGCAGAAGGUUUAUCAAACAAAGUUAAAGGGUGGUCUAGGCUUUAGAGAUCUGCAGAUGUUUAAUCAGGCACUGGUGACUAAGCAGGCAUGGAGGAUCAUUCAGGAUCCUUCUUCUCUGGUGGAUCGGGAGAACAUUUCACUUAUUCCACUGCCCACUUCUCCUGUCCCUGACAGGCUUAUUUGGUAUUAUGAGGAGAAGGGGUGCUACACAGUCAAGAGUGGAUACCAACUUCUUCGCCGCACUUUGUCUGAUGCUGCUUCCACCUCGGAUUCUAGGGUGGAGAAGUGGUGGUCCUUGAUCUGGCAGACUGCCCUUCAUAUUUUCACCGUCUGCUCCUUUGAUCGUUUAGUGUGGGAGUCCUUAGAUCUUUGGGAUGUGAUUGAAGGCUUUAGAGGUACGUCUUGUGAUGAUUUUCUAUUCCAUCUCACCUCGUUUUGCCCUGGGAACUCUCUAGUUUCGGCUUUCAUGGCCUUGUGGUUUAUAUGGAGGGAAAGGAAUAUGUUCUCUUAUGGUAGUGAUGUUAGGGAGGCUUCAGUCUUGGUGACUCGGAUUCUCUGUUUUGUGGAGGAAGGGGAUAGGGUUCGAGGCCUCUCUCGUGACAUUGAUACCCCUUCCAAAUGGCCUUCUGCUUGGUAUCCCCCUACUCUUGGUCUGUUAAAACUCAACACAGAUGCUGAUGUUCUUAUGGAAGGAGAUAUUGUUGGCUGGGGAGGUGUUAUUCGGGACCACUAUGGGCAUAUGAUUGUUUGUUACUCUAUGGGGCUUAGGGGUCCUAUGACUAUGGAUCAUGCGGAGUUGUUAACUGUCAUGGAAUGCAUUCUCUUUGUUCGGCGUAUGAACUGGAGGAUUUCGGUGAUAAAGAUUGACUCCCUAAGGGUUGUCUCCUUAGUAGACUCUCAUUCUCCUUUUGCUACCAUGGCUCCUAUUGCAGAUGAAGUUCACGCUGCUUUGUCUGUUAUUGGUGGCUCUAAAUUUUUAUAG